CAAACAGAGCAAUAUCAUUUUCACUUUAUCGUAUUACCAAACAGAAAUGGCGAUCUCUUUCCUCUGUUUCUGCCUCAUUACCAUCGUUUCUUUAAUCUUUUUCGUCAAAAAGCUUAAACACUUUAAAUGUAAUCUUCCUCCAAGCCCUCCCAAGUUUCCGGUCAUCGGAAACUUACACCAGAUUGGAGAAUUGCCUCACAGGUCACUUCAACAUCUAGCCGAAAGAUACGGACCUGUGAUGCUUCUUCACUUUGGCUUUGUACCUGUAACUGUGAUCUCAUCGAGAGAAGGAGCUGAAGAAGUGCUCAGAACUCAUGACCUAGACUGUUGCAGCAGGCCUAAGCUUGUCGGGACAAGGUUAAUCUCGCGGGAUUUUAAAGAUAUUGGUUUUACACCAUACGGUGACGAGUGGAAGGAGCGGCGUAAGUUUGCGGUACGUGAGCUUUUCUGUUUGAAAAAGGUUCAGUCCUAUAGGCAUAUCAGAGAGGAAGAAUGUAACUUUCUGGUCAAGCAACUGUCCGAAUUCGCGGUAGAUCGAUCUCCGGUCGAUUUGAGCAAAUCCCUUUUCUGGCUAACCGCAAGUAUCUUGUUUAGAGUUGCUUUUGGACAAAGGUUCCACGAGAGUGAGUUUAUCGAUAAAGACAAGAUUGAAGAACUUGUGUUCGAAGCUGAGACUGCCCUAGCAAGUUUCACUUGUUCCGAUUUCUUCCCUGUUGCCGGACUUGGAUGGCUCGUGGACUUGUUUUCCGGACAACACAAAAGGCUCAACGAUGUUUUUUACAAGCUCGAUGCUCUGUUCCAACAUGUGAUAGAUGAUCAUUUGAAUCCUGGGAGAUCAAAGGAUCACGAAGAUAUCAUCGAUUCAAUGUUGGAUGUGAUUCAUAAACAAGGCAAAGAUGAUUCCUUAAAACUCACAAUAGAUCAUAUCAAAGGGUUUCUCGCGAAUAUAUUUCUUGCAGGGAUAGACACUGGGGCCAUCACCAUGAUAUGGGCAAUGACAGAGCUAGUUAGAAACCCGAGACUGUUAAAGAAAGUUCAAGGCCAUAUCCGAGACCAACUUGGCAACAACAAGGACAAAAUCACUGAAGAAGAUAUCGAUAAGGUUCCUUUCUUGAACAUGGUAAUCAAAGAAACAUUCAGAUUACACCCAGCAGCUCCUCUUAUACUCCCAAGGGAAACAAUGGCUCAUAUCAAAGUUCAAGGCUAUGAUAUUCCUCCCGAGAGGCGGAUCUUGGUCAACGUUGGGGCGAUAGGAAGAGACCCAAAACUCUGGGAAAACCCGGAAGAGUUUAACCCUGAGAGGUUUAUGGAUAGUUCUGUGGAUUAUAGGGGACAACACUACGAGCUCUUGCCAUUUGGGUCUGGUCGAAGGAUAUGUCCCGGGAUGCCAAUGGGGAUUGCCACUGUUGAAUUGGGACUCUUGAACUUACUUUACUUCUUCGAUUGGAAGUUGCCUGAUGGGAUGACACAUAAAGACAUCAGUAUAGAAGAAGCUGGUACUCUUACAAUCGUCAAGAAAGUACCGCUCAAGCUUGUCCCAGUUCGAGUUCAGUAAUUGCACCAAUGGCAAACAUGUAAGCUUCUCUGAUGUAUGAGAGUAUGUAUAUUGUUUUCAGUAAAAUACUAUGUUUAAUUUUCAAAUGCCAUUUUCAGUUCUGAUUAGAGAGAACGGGAAAAUAUUAAUUUGGAUGUGUGUUUAACAUAAUAUAAUCCUUAGCUA